AUGCUCCGUAACUUCGUGAAGCCUUCUCUCCUGAGUGGUGAUGUACUUAUGAACAUCCACCUUAUUCCCGUGCGCUGCUCUCGCAGAUCCGAUCCGAAUCUUCGACGUGUGAAGUUGUUGAUACGCGAGUCUGCGUCCACGUCCAGAACUCUCGUCUGUGCGACCACGGCGAUGAUCCUGCUUCUUCCUCUCCUCUUUUGGGCCUCCUCGUCAAACUCCGCGGACACGCUUCAAGAGCCCUCGAGCGCGACCAUGGUUACGUUUGCCCCCAACUCCGAGAACGAAGCGGAGGACGGGGUGUUGUCGGACGGUGGCGUGGACAAUGUGGGCGACAGCCUAUCGGAGACCGCCAGGAUCGGGCGGAUGCGACCAGCUCCAGAGGCGGAGGACGGGGAAGCGGCGGAGCAACGAGACGAGGGCGCAGGAGCGGAGCAGGAAGGCGGGGAGGAAGAGGGAGGUGCGGCGAAGGAGAACAGCGAAGGGAGGAGUUCCAGAAAUAACCGUGGCGGGCGCAAAGCAGGCCCUGCAGAACCAGAGGAGGGGGAGCAGGAGCAGGAACAGGCAGGGGAGGAGGGCAAGGGGAAGGAUGGGGAGGGCGAAGAGAAGGAGAAAGAGGAUGGCGGGCGCAAACCUAGCGCUCCGGAGGUGGUGGUGGUGGUGAGGGACGGGAAGGAGAACGUACCAGAGGAGAAGAAAGAGAACUAUAUGUCUCUCAUGGGCGACCUUGUCGGACAAGUGGCCGACAUUCUGCCGGAGGCGGAAAAGCGCGAGAACGCGCAGAUGGUAAAGCACGUGCGCGCGGCUCUGGAGCGCGCGGAGCCGCUGGUGGAGAAGUGGAAGGGCGACCGGACGUGGGCGGGCGAGGAGAAGGUGCUGGGGCUGAUCAAGCUGCUGGAGGCUCUGCGCGCGCGCGCGCAGGAGUGGAAGAGCACGCUGUCGACGCUGGACCGGCUGAAGAAGAAGGUGGAGUCGCUGACCAAGGAGCGCAACCAGCUCGACCUCGCCGCGGCUAAGGCGCUCCCCAAGGCUCUGCACUGCCUCAACCUGCGCCUUGCCGUGGCGUACGGCAAGGACGACGAGAUGAAGGAGCUGACGAAGGCGCGGGAGCAGAAGCAGGCGGACAAGUUCAAGGACCCGUCGCUGCACCACUACGCGCUCUUCUCCGAUAACGUGCUCGCCGUCUCUGUCGUUAUCAACUCCACCGUUCAGAACACCAAGGAACCGGAGAAGCACGUGUUCCACGUGGUGACGGACGAGAUGAACCUGCCGGCCAUGCGCACGUGGUUUGCGCUGCACCCGCCGGGCAAGAUGGCGCUGGAGAUCAAGGCCGUGGAGCACUUCACGUUCCUCAACGCCUCCUACUGCCCCGUGCUGCAGCAGCUGCAGGCCGCCGCGCUCAAGACGUACUACUUUUCGCAGCACGAGGAAGGCAAGGCCAAGACAGCAGUGAAGUUCAAGAACCCCAAGUACCUCUCCAUGCUCAACCACCUGCGCUUCUACCUCCCACAGAUGUACCCGACGCUCCACCGUGUGGUGUUCCUGGACGACGACAUAGUCGUGCAGUCGGACUUGUCGCCGCUCUUCUCGCUGCCGCUGCACGGCAAUGUGAACGGCGCGGUGUUCACGUGCCGCGAUGAGGACGAGUUCCACCGCCUGCACAAGUACCUCAACUUCUCGCACCCCUUUGUCAAGGAGCACUUUGAGCCCAAAGGGUGCGGGUGGGCGUAUGGCAUGAACGUCUUUGACCUCGAGGCGUGGCGCCGCCUCGACCUCACUGAGGUCUACCACAAGUACCAGCGCAUGAACGAGAACCGCACACUGUGGCAGUUGGGCACAUUGCCGCCCGGGCUGAUGACGUUCUACAACCUGACGGAGCCUCUGGACGCGCACUGGCACGUGCUGGGGCUGGGGUACAACAAGGAGGUGUCUGUAGAUGAUGCACAGGGCGCUGCUGUCGUGCACUACAAUGGCAACUGGAAACCUUGGUUGGACACGGCACUCAAGUCAUUCCGGCACUUCUGGACCAAAUACGUGGCAGCAGAUGAUGACAUUGUCUCACAAUGCAACAUCGACCUCAACAGCUGA